CCAUUAACUGCUUUUCAAGGUCUGGAAGCUCUGGGCCCUGGGCCUCAACCCGUGCCUCAGCCCUUGGUGGUGCCUGGGGCUUUGCUUGGAGCCACGGCCUUCUGCAGCUCCCCUGUGUCCAGCUCCUGGCCUGCACAUUACCAGCUGUCCGCGCUUUCUGGCUCACAGCGAUGGUGUCCAGGCAGGCUCCCCUCUGUGGCCUGGCUGCACACUGCCUCUGCUUCCUGGGUGUUAUCCUUCUGAUGGACGCAUCUGCUCGACCCGCCAACCACUCUUCCACUCGGGAGAGGGCAGUCAACAGGGAGGAGAACGAGAUCCUGCCCCCAGACCACCUGAAUGGGGUGAAGCUGGAGAUGGACGGGCACCUUAACAAGGACUUCCACCAGGAGGUCUUCCUGGGGAAAGACAUGGACGGGUUUGACGAGGAUGCAGAGCCACGGAGGAGCCGGAGAAAGCUGAUGGUCAUCUUCUCCAAGGUGGAUGUGAACACUGACCGGAGGAUCAGUGCCAAGGAGAUGCAGCGCUGGAUCAUGGAGAAGACGGCCGAGCACUUCCAGGAGGCUGUUAAGGAGAACAAGAUGCACUUCCGGGCUGUGGACCCUGAUGGCGAUGGCCGCGUCUCCUGGGAUGAGUACAAAGUGAAGUUCCUGGUGAGCAAAGGCCACAGUGAGAAGGAGGUUGCGGAUGCCAUCAGGAACCACGAGGAGCUCAAGGUGGACGAGGAGACACAGGAAGUCCUGGAGAACCUCAGGGACCGCUGGUAUCAGGCAGACAAUCCCCCUGCAGACCUGCUGCUGACGGAGGAUGAGUUCCUGUCAUUCCUUCACCCUGAGCACAGCCGGGGCAUGCUCAAGUUCAUGGUCAAGGAGAUCAUCCGGGACUUGGACCAGGACGGCGACAAGCAGCUCUCUCUGCCUGAGUUCAUCUCGCUGCCUGUGGGCACCGUUGAAAACCAGCAGGGCCAGGACAUCGACGACAGCUGGGUGAAAGACAGGAGGAGAGAGUUUGAGGAGCUGAUUGACUCCAAUCACGAUGGGACCGUGACCAUGGAGGAGCUGGAGAACUAUAUGGACCCCAUGAACGAGUACAACGCCCUCAACGAGGCCAAGCAGAUGAUCGCCAUUGCGGACGAGAACCAGAACCAGCACCUGGAGCCCGAGGAGGUGCUCAAGUACAGCGAGUUCUUCACGGGCAGCAAGCUCAUGGACUACGCCCGCAACGUGCACGAGGAGUUCUGAGCGGCCCUGGGUGGGGGGGCUCGUCCCACCUGCAGGGGUCGCCACCAGCCACAGUGUGCUGCCCAGAACCUUCCUUCCUGCGGGCCAUGCACAGCUCUGGCUCAGUUCCCAGCCGCAGCGUGGCCCAGGUUCAUUAAAGAUCUGCUCACUGUC